AUGGACGAGGACUUAAUGCAUGCGCUUGUUCAUUGCUCUCAUGCAAAGCGUUUCUCGAAGGAGGCGAGCUUGCUUUUCGAGGUUAACCUGCCACGUCUCCAUCCUAGCACCUGGGUACGUGAUAUUCUUUGUGACAGCCAAUUCUCAGAAAACGAUUGUGCAACAAUUAUCACCAUCAUGUGGGCUAUUUGGAUGUCUCACAAUAGGAGAACACACGACCAGGAGAUCAUUGAUCCAGCGGCCUCGGUUAGACGCAUUCGCGAAGACCUGGCACUAUCAGACAUCCCCCGGCAGAGCUUCAUACCACUGCCGGGCCAUGGCUGGCAACCUCCUGAAGAUGAAUGUAUCAAGAUCAACACGGACGCGGCGAUUCACCGCAAUGCUGGCAACACCGGCUUGGGGGGAGUAGCCCGCUCUUCAUCGGCAGUCCUGGGCGCAUGGUGCAAACCCUAUGUAGGGGUCACAGAUCCAUUCAUUGCUGAAGUGUUGUCCUUGCGAGAGGGCGUCAUCUUCGCGAAGCUUCGAGGCUACGCGCACGUGCGACUGGAAUCCGACUGUCUUGUGGCAAUUAACCUCUGGAACUCUAGCUACAUCGAUCGCUCGGUCGUAGCUCCAAUCAUGUUAAAAAUUAGAGAGCUCUUUGCUAGCUUUUUGUCUUUUCAUAUAGCUCAUGUAUUUAGAGCCGCUAACGGUCCAGCAUAUUUGUGUGCUAAGUGUGCAUGUACGCUUACUAUGACUGAAAGCUGGCUAGACUCUACCCCUAGCUUCCUGGUUAGCAGCCUGUUGGCUGACUGCCCAGCGAAUGCUUUUCCAUAA